GCCCUCCCUGCGAUUUCCUCUCACUUUCCCGUGAGCCAAAGCAAAACCAGUUUCAAAUUCCUCACUAAACAUUGGGACAUUCACGGUUUUCUGGGGCGCAGCCACGAUCCACAUUGGAAAACAGUCAAGUAUGCACAGGGCUGCUCACUCCUGAGCUCUAUUUAUGCAAAGCAGACGGGGUGGAUUGGGGGUAGGGGGGAGUCGUACUAAGGGGCCCAACACUCAGGAGGCCUUUGGCUGUAAAUCUGUGCAUCAGUUCUUCAGCUCAGCUGUUUUCUGUCACUGGAAGUUAAAUAUUUAUUUGUUCCUCGUCCAUCUUUGUCCUACCGCUGGAAUUACUCUGAACACUUCUUCAUUAUCAGCUUGUAUAACUGGGUUUGUAUCCUUCUCUGACUGAAAAGCCGAUUUAAACUAACCUUAUUUUCAGUGUGUGGAGUGGAAAUCUAACACGUCGCUCCUGAAAGCACUAUGAGCUCAUUGCAGUAUCAUGCUGUGGAAGGGGGGGGGAUGCAGGGGAGCUGAUCAGAGUUGAUGGAAAGACAGAUGGAGCUGCAGAAAACUUUGGCUAAGGGUUCAAACUUCCAUCUCAGUUAAAUAAGGAAAACAGGUAGUCCAGAUUUCCCUGAACUCCUCCGUCCUCCUCUAAUCCCAGUCUCAGUCAUCUCUGUCCCUCCUGCUUGUUUUUUGACUCUGGUUCCCCCGAACACAUCAGGACGCGGAGUUUGAAAAAAAAAAAAAUGUCCUGGACGCGUGCAACCCUCCUGGCUCUCCUCGCAGUGCUGCUUGCACUGAGCUUGUCUCCAGAGACGGCCGGAUCUGCAGCCGUGGACGGCAGCACGAGAAAUGCAAAAAGUCCAGCAGGUCAGCUGAGGAGGAUCUUCAUGAAAGAAGCCGAUGCCUCCAACUUCUUCAGGAAGCGCAGCAGGCGAGCUGUGAAAUCCCAGGACGAGAUCAGCGCGGAGCAGAGGCAAGUUUUGGCUGCAAACAAGCGAAAGAGGGAGUUUCACGAGGAGAAGAGGAACGAGUUCGAGAGCUACGCCGAGGAGGACAAUGACGAGCAAAGCGAGAGGACCAGAGAGAGCACCGAGCAGUGGAGGGAGUUCCACUACGACGGGAUGAAUCCUCCCCACGAGUUCAACCGUCACACCGCCUGAGACCGCCGAGAAGGAAGGCUCAAUAAA